AUGUUCCUCCUCAUGACUCCCUCCGUGCUCCUCACCAUGUCCUCCUUCUCCAUGGGUCUCAUUUCCUCCACUUCCACCGCCCCUAUCCUCUCUAUCACCUCUAUCCUCUCUAUCGUUGUCUCUGCCUCCUCCGCCUCUCUCGCUGUCGCUGCUUCCGCUUCUCCCGCCCCUUCUCUUCUUUCCCUUUCUAUCACCGCAGCAGCAACAACAGCAGAGCUGCUGUGUCUGGCUAGAGGUAUCUGUGCACUGGAAGGGUACUCUCUGUGGUCGAAACUUCCCGAAGGGCGUUUGCAAGUGGAUGUUGAAAAAGUCUUCAAGUGCUCUGACGUCGGAAAUAAAAGGUGCUUGCACAAAGACAGGGAGAUGAUGGCCAAGACUGAGCUUUAUACACCCCCGGAGGCCAUGGUCUAG